AUGGCCGACCAAUCGAGCACCAACAGUCUUCAUGUCUUGAUCAACGGCGCCGGUACCGGCGGACUCCUUCUCGCCCAAGGUCUCAAGAAACGAGGCAUCUCAUUCGAGGUUUUUGAACAGGAAGAGUCGGCUUCUCAAUACCGUGCUCGAGAAUGGGGAAUGUCAGUCCAGUGGGCACUACCUAUGCUUCCAGAUCUACUUCCUCCCGAGCUCCUGGGCCGACUGCAAGAAACAUCUGUGGAUCCUCAUUAUAUUUUCCCGAAGUCUGGCAACUCUAUGCCGGUGUAUGAUGGUUCAUCUGGAGAGCUGCUCAAAGACAUUCCGCUUGUCGAGAUGAUUCGAGUAUCGAGAAACAAAAUGCGAGCGCUUUGUGCCGAAGGCAUAAACAUUCAGUACAGCAAGGAGUUUCGGACACUCCGAACCCUCGAAGACGACCCAGUAGUUACAGCGCACUUUACAGACAACACCACUUUCACUGGAGCUUUGAUCGUCGCGGCUGACGGUGCUAACUCUGAUGUUCGUCAAGCAAUUUUUCCUUCCGGCCAAGGCGCUUCGCAGCAAGUCCCAUACGGCGGCGUCAACAUGCACGUAAAGUACAACGAUGCAAGUAUCGCUCGCUUCCUGCGGAAGUCACUCAGCCCCAUCCAAGCAAUUGGUGUCCAUCCGAAGGGCUACUGGCUCUGGCUCAGUGUCCAAGAAGUGCCCGAGCCGGACAAACCGGAAGACUGGACGUUUCAACUGCAGUGGACGUGGAAGAUGGGACCAGAUACUACAUCGUUGGCGAAACUCGAUUUAGAGAAAUUGAGAGCAGAGGCAGAAGCAUCUUUUGCCGAUCCUUUCAAGACGGCUUGGACAAAGAUUCCUUCUAGUACUCGUGUAUCGGCGAACAGGAUCUCCACUUGGCCGCCUCAAGCUGUUCCAGCAGAUCUCUUCCAGGGCAAAGUCGCUCUUCUAGGUGAUGCUGCUCACCCGAUGACUUUCCACCGCGGGCAAGGAAUGAAUCACGGCAUCGCGGACGCGGUGAAGCUAGCGAACGUCCUGGACAGCGUGCACAAGGGUGAAAAGACUUUGACUGAGGCUGUGAAAGAGUACGAAGACGAGAUGAUCAAGCGGUCAGGUGAGGAGGUCAAGAUCAGCAAGAUGAACACGGAGAUGAUGCAUGAUUGGGAGAAGUUUCUGGGGAGUCCGUUCAUGCAGAGAGGUGGAAACAAGAAUUAA